AAUCCUCAGUUGGAGGACGUCGCGUCGCGACGCCUCGAGGCUCCGCUCCCCCCCCCCAGGUGGGACGCGGCCGCCUCGCUCACCUUCUCCUGGAAGUAGUUGUCCGAGAAGUUGAAGAGCUCCACGGCGCCGUCCGCGCGCACCAGAGCCAGCCGCUGGGUCCGGCGGUUGUGGGCCAGGGCCCGGAUCCCGCUGGGCAUGUGGUCGAAGAAGCGGACUCGGUGAACCUUGAACUCCGCCAUCGCUUGUUCCGAGCCGACACCAGACGCUCACGCCGCCUUCUGGAGCAUCAACAGCACGUGGGGACCUCUGACCCGGAAGUGAACGGGAACUACCGGCUACGUCACGGAAGCGCGUCAUCGCGUGGCUCCUGGCGGGAAAAGCGAGGCGCCGAAACCAACGUCGGCUGUGUCCGUGUGUCCUGCGUGUGGCCGGCUCAUGGUCCAGAUCGUGGUCCGCGCCAGCGCGGACGGCGCCAGAGCCCCGGAGUGGCUGCUGCUGGAGCUGCAGGGCGAGAUGGUGUCGCGGCGCGACUCCGGCCUGGCGGGAAACCUGCUGGGCGACCUGCUCUACACCCGCGAGGGGGCGCCCGUGCUCAUCGUGGGACACCACAUCCUGUACGGCAAGCAGGUGAAGCUGGACAAGCCGUUCGCCGUCCUCACCAAACACGGCGGGGGCUCGCGGGAGCUCGCCACGGAGACGGAGCCGCCGCAGAGCACGUGCUACACGGUGGCGGCGCUCGUCAAGCGGAAGCUCAUCUUCAAGACCCGCCCCAAACCCAUCAUCACCCACGUGCCCAAGCGGGUGUGAGGAGCCAUUCAUCAGCGCGCGCGUCAUCGCUUCCUGUUUGGACCCAAAACACGGGGACGUGAGGCGCGCGGCGGAACUGGACCUGCUCUGUUUGUUUGCUGUGAAGUUUGAAAUAAAGAGGCCCGACCCGAC